CUGACCUCAUAUUUUUUAAUUAAUUUUUACAUUUUUUUAAUUUUUACACUUAAAGCCCGUUUUAAUGAAUUGAAGAAAAUUGCUAUUUCUGGGGGCAGCACACAAUCUAACGAUGUUCUAAUCUACGAGGAAUUUGUAUUUAUGGAGAAUUUUGACGAAACAAAUAACAAUUUAUCUUGGCAUUCAUUAGGAGGGAGAGCCAUAGAAGAAUACAAAAUUAUGAAAAAAAUAUACAAAAAUGCCAUUGAUAAAUUAACAGAAAGAGUUGAAAAGUUUGUUGAAGAAGAAAUAAAUGAUCAUUACUCGGAUGUGGAUGUUGAUAAUUUUAAAGAAGAUAUUAAAAGAUACGACCAGUUAAUUGCUAAUGGCGAAACAGGUGAUAAUUGUUGGUAUUAA